AUGGAGUUGGAGUGGGGAGAAGAUCAAGGUGUCGCCGACGACAUAGAAGAUAAAGCAUCUGACGGUGAUGAUGAGUUCGAAGAUCAAGAAGCUGGAAAUUCAGGAGGAGGUACUUUGAACUCAAGUGAGGAAGAAGAAAAUGUAGAUAAUUCGUCUAUGGGUUAUGAGACACCAGAAGCAAGGGAGGCAAGAGAAAGAGGACCCCCAGCUUGGAUGAGUGAUUAUACACCAGGUUCUGGACUUUCUGGUUCGGGAAUUUCAGACUUGGAGUCGCAAGCUAAUAUGGCACUUGUGAUGUCUGAUGAUCCCGCAAACUUCGAGGAUGCAGUAGGAAGUGAGAAGUGGAGAAAGGCCAUGGAUGUAGAAAUUGAGUCCAUUGAGAAGAACAACACAUGGAAACUGGUUAAGCUGCCUGCACGAGUUAAAAGGAUAGGAGUAAAAUGGAUUUUCAAAACUAAAUACAAUGAGGCAGGGGAUAUUGAUAAGUACAAGGCUCGGUUGGUAGCAAAAGGCUGCUCGCAGAGGCAAGGAGUGGAUUUUACAGAAGUUUAUGCUCCGAUGGCUCGAAUGGAUACAAUUAGAGUGAUGCUUGCUCUUGUUGCACAGAGAGGCUGA